ACAGUAUGGCCGGCGACAUUAGCUAGCGCUCGCUCUACUCUCUCUAACGGGGAAACAGCGGACUACAAGAGACUGAACUGUAUCUGCCUCUAUUUCCAACAGACUCACGUUCAACUUUCGCUCACAAAAAAAAAAAAAAGCCGGGAAAAUUUUAUUAAUCCUUUUUUAAAAAAAAGUUAAUAUAAAAUUAUAGCAAAAAAAAAAAAAAAAGGAACCUGAACUUUAGUAACACAGCUGGAACAAUCCGCAGCGGCGGCGGCAGCGGCGGGAGAAGAGAUUUAAUUUAGUUGAUUUUCUGUGGUUGUUGGUUGUUCGCUAGUCUCACGGUGAUGGAAGCUGCACAUUUUUUCGAAGGGACCGAGAAGCUGCUGGAGGUUUGGUUCUCCAGGCAGCAACCCGACGCAAACCAAGGAUCUGGGGAUCUUCGCACCAUCCCAAGAUCCGAGUGGGACAUACUUUUGAAGGAUGUGCAAUGUUCAAUCAUAAGUGUGACAAAAACUGACAAGCAGGAAGCUUAUGUACUCAGUGAGAGUAGCAUGUUUGUCUCCAAGAGACGUUUCAUUUUGAAGACAUGUGGUACCACCCUCUUGCUGAAAGCACUGGUUCCCCUGUUGAAACUUGCUAGGGAUUACAGUGGGUUUGACUCAAUUCAAAGCUUCUUUUAUUCUCGUAAGAAUUUCAUGAAGCCUUCUCACCAAGGGUACCCACACCGGAAUUUCCAGGAAGAAAUAGAGUUUCUUAAUGCAAUUUUCCCAAAUGGAGCAGCAUAUUGUAUGGGACGUAUGAAUUCUGACUGUUGGUACUUGUAUACUUUGGAUUUCCCAGAGACUCGGGUAAUCAGUCAGCCAGAUCAAACCCUGGAAAUUCUGAUGAGUGAGCUUGACCCAGCAGUUAUGGACCAGUUCUACAUGAAAGAUGGUGUUACUGCAAAGGAUGUCACUCGUGAGAGUGGAAUUCGUGACCUGAUACCAGGUUCUGUCAUUGAUGCCACACUGUUCAAUCCUUGUGGGUAUUCGAUGAAUGGAAUGAAAUCGGAUGGAACUUAUUGGACUAUUCACAUCACUCCAGAACCAGAAUUUUCUUAUGUUAGCUUUGAAACAAACUUAAGUCAGACCUCCUAUGAUGACCUGAUCAGGAAAGUUGUGGAAGUCUUCAAGCCAGGAAAAUUUGUGACCACCCUGUUUGUAAAUCAGAGUUCUAAAUGUCGCACAGUGCUUUCUUCGCCCCAGAAGAUUGAAGGCUUUAAACGUCUUGAUUGCCAGAGCGCUAUGUUCAAUGAUUACAAUUUUGUUUUUACCAGUUUUGCUAAGAAGCAGCAACAACAGCAGAGUUGAUUAAUAAAAAUGAAGAAAAAACGCAAAAAGAGAACACACAUAGAAGGAGGUGGUGGCUGCUUUUUAGAUAUUGAUACCGGGGGCCGUGCUUUCCAUAACCACCACCUUGUAGCUGCAGAAAGCCCUAGAUGUAAUGAUAGUGUAAUCAUUUUGAAUUGUAUGCAUUAUUAUAUCAAGGAGUUAGAUAUCUUGCAUGAAUGCUCUCUUCUGUGUUUAGGUAUCCUAUGCCACUCUUGCUGUGAAAUUGAAGUGCAUGUAGAAAAAACCUUUUACUAUAUGAAACUUUACAACACUUGUGAAAACAAUUCAAUUUGGUUUACGCACAAUGUAAUAUUUCUCCAGGUAUCAUCCAAAAUUCCCCACAGACAAGGCUUUCGUCCUCAUUAGGUGUUGGCCUCAGCCUAAUCAUCUGGGACUGUUCUAUUAAAUUGCUGCCAGGAUUUUACAUCCAGUUACCUCCACUUUCUAGAACAUAUUCUCUACUAAUAGUACUGAAACCAAUUUCUACUUCAUACAGAUAUUUUUUGCAACAGUGAUUAAAGUUUAUCUUCCACGAGUCGAGUCCUCUUCAGAAGAUGAUUGCAGUUACCCAUUUUGUGUAUUACUAUUUUAACAUUAUUGCUUCCUGUACCUGUACUUCCUUUAAUUGAUUUCAUUCCUUGCCAUGGUGUCUUGCCUCCCAACCCCUCCCCCCCCUCAAUAAAGCAAUAUACUGUUACACUGUGGGUUUAUACUAAUCUUAUACCCGGGAGGGGGAAGGGGAAUGGACCCUGGGCUUAAUUUUAUUUAAAGGUCAAAGGAGUUUGUCCUCCUUUUAUAUUGGCAUGGACUCUUUUGGGAGAUAGUGACCAAAAUAAACAAUGGUGAUUAGCAAAGAAGACACAUAAAUUUUACUAGGGUAUACUGGCAGAACUGUUCCAGAAACUAUGCCAUUCUGUAUUCCCAUUAAUGAGAUUAGCUUCUCGUGAGUACCAUGCCUUUACUAACUUGCUAAGUGGUUGUGUAAAAGAAUUUUUAUCGCUAAGUUUAUUGGCAAGGAAAUAGAGAUAAAGGUUGUAUUGGAUUUAGUAAGUCAUCUCAGAUGAUUUACCUUACCUUUUGCUUUUAGCAGCUAUCUCCAAUAAUUUUCAUUCACAGUAUAUCAUAAACUUUGGUUCAAAAUGGAGUCUGUCUUUGCCAUGUUAUGACUUAAAGUUCUUUGACUUUGUGUGAUGCAUUAUGAUGGUGUUCUGACUUCCUGGUGUUCUUUCACCAUGGUUUCAUAGGAUCAAGUGAAACUUCCCAGACUGAGAACUGUUCAGGAUAUUCAGACAUACAGUGAAGCAGAAUGCUAUCCAUAAGACAUAAAAUUCCAGACGUCUAUGGGAAAUGACUAAAAAUACAGGCUUUGAGGAGUUGGCAUCUUUUAGGUAUAUUUGCAAAUACUGGGAUAUAAGCAGCUGAGAAAACAGCAAAGUUGACUAAAUUUUGUAUUCUUGUCCUCAAAGUUUUUUGAUUCUUUCUGGAUUGUUGCAGUGAUGUUUUUUUGUUCCUUCCGUAUUUAUAAAUGAAACACUUUUUUUAGUGUUUCUAAACAUAAAAUCUACUUGGUUUGAAAUCAAGUGGUUGGAACACAAAUUUUGACUUUUAUUUUAAGCAUGUUGAUUCAAAGUUUCAUUGAAGAAACUUUCAGUCAAUGGAUCAGUUUGAUUCUGUAAUUAGCACACAGUACCUAAUUAAUGUUUUGUACUGUUUUGAGGACCAAUGCUCAAAGUGGAUUUUGUUCUUGAACAGUGUCCCAGUAGAUUUGAUGACAUUUGUUGGCUUGAGGUCUGAUUUUUUUUUUUUCUAAUAGAUUUAAGAUUUCUAUCUAAUGUUGAAAACUGCACAAAUUUGUAUGGAAUAAAGCCUAGAAGAAUUAAAACUGUAGAUUGAAUAGUAAUCAAAAUUAAUCCUAGUGUGUAUGAUGGAGGAGGGAAAAUUUUGGUGCCAUAAUUUCUCUCUUCAUGGUGUUGGACUUAAAUCAGUUGAAAUGUAUUUCUGUACCACAAUUUAAGCUUCAAUAAAAGUUUGCUUAAUUCAUUGUCUAGUGACAUUCAAAAAGUUUUUUGUUGAUGUAUUUUUUAAAUAGUAUAGACCAAAUACUAGCCAUCUGCAAUUUUUAUAAUUUGAGGAAAUUGGUAUUUGGUGGUUAUUGUCCAAUGUUUGAGUAAUCAUGAAGACAGAAGAUCUUUAAGCUCCUGGGAGAAUAAGUAAUUUAUACUCAGAUUUAAACAUUUCUUAUUAGUGGCCUCAUAACUAAAGCUUAAGAGAAAUAGCUGGGCUAUAUAUAUACCAGGAUAUCAGAGUAGAAGAGGUAAGUGGUAAGAAUAAAAAAUUGUGUUUGUGAGUUUGGAGUUAAGUCAGAAGUUUGAAGGUGAAAUGUUCCAGGUUUUAUAGAAUAGGCUCUUAAUAGGUGAGGGAGAACAAGCUAUAAACUUAACUGGAACAAAGUUAUAAGCUUGAUCAUUUUUGCCAUGUAGGUACAUGUCUCAUGAUCACUUAUUUGGCAAAAUUUCAGUUCUUCAGUCCCUGUCUAUAAUCUGAAAAUUGGAAUCUUAUAAAAAUGUGUAUUCAGAUCUUUUUCAGAGAAAAGUAUAUUAGAGAACAUUUUCUAAAAUGUGAAUAGAAAGGGGGUUGAUCCUAGUUGUUACAUAUGUGAUGUGUGUAAUACCUCCAAUACCAGGUUCUUUCACAAGAACAGGUAAGUGAGCAAUGAUAUUCAGACACCUUAAGUUGCAAAUAUGAUAUUACACUAUGAAAGGUAAAGAACCUUAUUUUCAUUGUCCUGGCCAGAUAACUUGCACCAAUUCCUCACUUCCCACCUUCAAACUUGAUAUUUCCAUCCCCCCUUUUAUUCGUGUUAAAAUGGAAACUGUUCCUUUGGAAUCUGUCCCUUCUACCUUGAGAGACCUUGUAACUGAGCUCUCUGCAGGGUUUAGCUAGAACACCGGAAAAUAGAUGAGAUUUGUAAUUCAACAUUUUAAUUGGAGAAUUUUCAAAUAUAUAAACAAAAAUAGUAUAUUGAAUCUUCAUAUCCUACCUUAAACAGUACUCAAUUCAACUUUGAUACAUCUAUCUGCACAUCUUUGUAGGUAAGAUUUAGAAGUUGCAAUCUGCAGAUCUUAACUACAAUUCAGGAAAAUGGACACUUUACUUAGCUCCCAUCCAUGUAGGGACAGAAGGUUCACUUAAUCCCUAUUUAGGCAACUCUACCCCACCCUAAGUUAAUCACUUUUCCAAAUUUUUUUUUUUUUUUCCACCAUAACAUAGGGUCCCACCUGCCCCACUCUGGAACUUUAUAUUAAAUAUAAGGUGUAUACUCCCUACAGUGCUUUCAUUUGGUAUAAAGUUUUUGACGGGUUGAACCAUGUAUUCCUUUCUGCCAAGUAGUAUCCAUUGUAUGAAUGUACUAUGAUUUGUUAUUCAUUCUGUUACACAUUGGUUUCCAGUUUUUGGAAAACAAAUAAAGCUGCUAUGAACAUUUGCA